GAAUUUCGGGAAACGAUUGAAGAAAGUAUCUUUCUGAACUUGAUUUGAACAAAUGUCAAAUUAUACACGCGUGUAUAUAUUUCUAUUAUUUAAUUUAAUCCACAUUCGUCAAGAGUAAUUGAUCUCACUGUGAUAAUACAAAACGUGCAAUUUAAAGGAUUCCUAAUAAAGCAAACUAAUUUCAUACUUAAUAAAUUAUAUAAAAAAUUUAAGGAUAUUUCAUAAAUUGAAUGUUAAUGCGAAAACUUUUUGUGGCAGAGGAAACAAAGACAUUUAAAAAUUUAAAUGUAAAUUUUAAAUACAAAAAAAUAAUCUUACAGAUAUUGUAAUGUGAGAUUCAAUUGCAUGAGAAAUUUUUGGAAAGUUAGGUCAGAAGAGAAAGUUUUGAUGACACACUUGUUAUAUUAAUCUAUCUUAUUUACUAUAGGAAACUAGUAGUUUUUUCUAAAUAACAUAGAGACAAUGUUGGCAAAUACAUCUAUAUUUAGAAUUUGGAGAAGCAUUCCUGUAACUACAUUUCUGUGGAAGUCAAAGAUUUCUCAAAUCCAGAGAACAAUUUGUGUUUCAAGACAAAAUAAAUUUUAUUUUAAUAAUGUUAACCAAGCAGAAAACAAAGUGGUAAUAAAUCAGAAAACAGAUUGGAAUAAAACUAUGUCGGAGGCAGAAAAAAUUGUUGGAUAUCCAACAUCUUUCUUAAGUUUAAGAUGGCUAUUGAGUGAUGAAAUUGCAAAUGUUGCAUUGCAUUUAAGAAAGUUGGUUGGAUCUAAUCAUCCCUUGUUGAAAACAGCAAAAAGUAUUAUCUAUAAUGGACGUAACACACAAGCAUUUGGUCUCAUUGUGUUGCUAAUCUCUAAAGCUGCCGGCCAUUUGAAUGCAAAACCAGUAGAAGAAGAUAAAGCUGCAGGUGUAUUACAUAGCCAAAGAGCAUUAGCUGAAAUUACAGAGAUGAUACGCAUUAGCAAUUUAAUACAUAGAGGACUAGUAAAUAUAAAUACAAAUGGAACUUUGUCUGUGGAAUCCUCAGAAUUGAACAAUAUGAUCUUUGGCAAUAAAAUAGCAUUGUUAUGUGGUGAUUACUUACUUAGUAAUAGUUGUACUGAAUUAGCAUCUCUCAGAAAUCAGGAUCUUAUUUUCUUAAUAUCAUCUGCAGUAAAAGAUUUAUGUCAAGCAGAGUUUGUAGCAUGCAGAGAUAACCAAAAUUUUCCCAUACCAUCAAUACCACCUGAAGAUCGUACGGAUUAUGCGCUUAAAGAAUGGACACUUUUAAAUGUUUAUGGUGCUGGAUCAUUGCUUGGAAAAAGCUGUCAAGGCACAUUGCAAUUAGCUGGACAUAGCAAAGAAUUACAAGUGGAAGGUUAUAAGUUUGGCAAACAUCUAGCUUUAGCAUGGCAGGCUUCUUUAGACUUAGGUUUAUGCAUCAAUAAAGACAAAGAAAUCUUGCAUAAUUUGUGCGCUGCUCCAAUUAUGUUUCAUGUUGAACAUGAUCCUUCAAUUUUAACUGAGCUUUACAAGGGAAUAGAAUCAGUAGAAAAUGUCGACUAUUUAAAGGUACUUGAGAUCAUUGCAGAUGGUCCAGGUAUUGGAUUAACCAAAGAACUUAUAAAGGAACAUUCGCAAAAAGCUAUGGAAGUCUUAAAUGUAUUUAAAGAAAGUGAUGCAAGAAAAGCCUUAUCUAACAUUAUUAUUGCAAUAGGUGAUUUUUAAUUAAAAAAAUAUUAAUAUAGCAAAAUUUAUUAUUUAUUUUAUAUAUACUAAACAAAAUUAUAUAAAGAAGAAAUUCAAACUACAGUUUAUGAAGAGAACUUUUUACAAAACAAAUUUAUUAAAUUCUAUUAUAUAUAUAUUUUAUUGAAAUAGUUAUAUUAAUAUAUAAAUAUAGAAUAUUAUAGAUAUAUUUUUAUAUGCGAAUUAAAUAUCUUAAGAAUUACUAAAAAAUGUUAUCUU